AUGAACCUACAAAACAAAGUACGUGUGCCAAGUCCGUUUUCGCAUGAUGCCAUCCCCAUCAUCUACAUCAUUGUGCUCGGAUUGACAACCGGUUAUUUCAUAACACUGGCUCUUAUGUACGGACCAAGUUAUGCGUCGCCAGGCCGCAUUGAGACAGGCGGGAUGGCCCUGUCAAUCUACGUCUCCCUAGGGCUGGUAGCAGGAGUGAUUGUGUCGGCGAUUUUGGCCACCUUUGUUUGAUGAAAAACCGGGGAAGAAGAAAGAAGAUUAAAUGCGAGCGCAAUAUUUUUUUGAAAUUUUUACUUAACUUCUCCAUUAUUUGAUACAAUAUAUCCAAUAUACGUAUAUAGUGUAUCUUAACGGUGCAUGAACAGAAGAGGCGCAAGUGAC